AACAACAAAACUAGAAUAGUACCAUAAGAAAUUGUAUGCACGGAAGUAGAAGAAAAGAGAAGAAGAAGAAUUAAACUGGAUACGCUCUAAGUAAGAUAAUAUAAAGUGCGAUAGCUAUUGGAGAACGGAACCGAAAGAGAACUAAAACUCCAGCAGAGUGCGAAUAUCACAAUAAUUGCCUACCAAUUCUCUCGCUCUCUCGUGAAUGUCAAUUAAGAGGAGCCGCAUAAAAUACGGGCGACAGGCAGGUAAACAGGAAGUAGCGAAAAAAAACAUCUUAAAAUACGGCAACGCUGGCAACAUUGGCAACAGCUGCAGCGAAUUAUUACAGCAACUACAAAACGCAACCGCAUUCAGCAUUAAGAGCGAUAGUUGUUAGCGUCGAGUGCCUUUAAACCUGCUGCCGCCGCCGCAGCCGCAGCCGCUGCCAGACGCAAGCAGCAGCAGCGCAGCAGUGGGCAGCGAUGAGUACCUAGCAGGAACAACAAUAGUGACGUUACCCCAACUGCCUAAGAAAUUGCAACUGCGAGACUGCGACAGAGAGUGACUGGAGAGAGGGGAGAGGCAGAGUGAGAGAGUGCAAACGAUUAUAGGAGAGAAAAAAUACAUUUUCACAAGUGUAAGCAGCGGAAGUGGGGGGUAGCAGCCUAAUGCAAAACAAUAUGGUGAGCAUACCAGCGGCCAAUUUGAACGGCGGCCUAAAGGCAUCCAACGGCAGCGGAACCGUCGUUGGCGUCGCCGGCACAGUGCUGGCCAAUGGGCAGCGCGUAUUCCUAACGCCUGCGUCCAGCUAUCAUUUAGCCGCACGGCAAACAACGGUCAGCGGGUCUGCGACCUCCGGCGUGGGCAUGGGUAUGGGCAUGGUGUCCACGGCCAAAGGCGCCAGCAGCAGCAGUCUUGGCGUUGUCGGCGGUGUCGGCGGUGGCAGCAACGCGACUGCGGCAUCAUCGGCGAGCACGACGGCGGGCACUGUGCGCUAUUUCUCGCAGUUCAGCAAGCUACAGCCGGUGCAGCAACUGCAGAACAGUUCUGGGCAACUAAAGCUGCUCAAUGGCGAUACGAUGGUGUUAGUCAACGGCGCCAAACCGCUCAUCUUCACCAAUCCCAACAGCAAGUUGCUUACACCAACGACGUCAACAACAAUAAAUUCAACAUCUGCAGCGGCAACAACUACGGCAACAGCAACAGCAACAGCAACAGCAACAACAACCGCAGCAACAACAGUUCCUAAUGGUAACAGGGUGUUAAUGAACAAGCAGCAGCAACUACAGAAACAACAACAGCCAGCGACUGUGAUUGAUGAGGUGCAGCAGGAGGAGCUGCAGCUGGAAGAUGAUGGCGAUAUGGUCGAGAUCAAGCAGGAGGAUGGACAGCAACCUCAACAGCAACAGCAGGGUGAUCCGAUGAUCGCCAGCAAAACCACCGAUCCCGAUGCCGAACCGGAGCUGGAUAUUGUGAUUAACAAUGUGGUGUGCUCGUUCAGUGUGCGCUGCCAUCUAAAGCUGCGCGAGAUCGCGCUGAAUGGCUCCAAUGUGGAGUAUAGGCGGGAAAAUGGAAUGGUCACCAUGAAGCUGCGUCGUCCCUAUACAACGGCCUCCAUUUGGUCAUCCGGUCGGAUUACGUGCACGGGCGCCACCUCUGAGUCGCAGGCCAAGAUCGCAGCUCGGCGCUAUGCGCGCUGCCUAAGCAAACUCGGAUUCCCGACCCACUUUCAAAACUUUCGGAUCGUGAAUGUGCUCGGCACCUGCAGCAUGCCAUGGGCCAUCAAGAUAGUCAAUUUCUCGGAGCGCCAUCGCGACAAUGCCAGCUAUGAGCCCGAACUGCAUCCGGGCGUGACGUACAAGAUGCGCGAGCCAAAAGCAACGCUUAAGAUCUUCUCCACGGGCAGCAUAACGGUAACAGCCGCCAGCGUGAACGACGUCGAAUCCGCCAUACAGCAUAUAUAUCCUUUGGUGCACGAGUUCCGUAAGCAGCGCUCUGCAGAGGAGCUGCAGCAUCUGCGUCAAAAGAAUCGUGGCCAGGCCGGCGACGAGCUCAGCGAUCAGGAGCAGCAGCUGGCGUCGGAGAGCAAGAGCCAGGACAAGGAUGAUGAGUUUUUGAACCCCAGCGCAACACACUCAGAGGCUGGCAGCAGCCUCUACUCUGGUUCUCUGUAUGCGACCCGUCGCACAGAGCAGGUAACCAGCAGCAGCACCAGCAGCAGCACCACCAGUGGCGGUGACAACAUCUGUGCCAACGCACGUCGCCGGGCUACCGAGUGCUGGGCUACCAAGCUGCAGAACAAACGUCCGCGCUACAACGAUCCGGGGUCGACGACAAUUGCCUCCGCCGGUCACAUGGGUCGCGCUGGGAGCAGCAGCUGCAGCAGCACCGUCGUCAGCGGCAGCUACAGCGCCAACUUCAGCGCCAUUGGAGUGGCAGGCGGCUCUGCCGCCUCCGCGACGACGGGGCAACUGCGCUUGGGCAAGCCUCUCGUGCCCGUCGAUGUGAUUCUGAAACAGACCAGCUCGCGGGCGCGUAACGCGGCAAUAGGCGCCACUGCUGGCGACAAUGGGUUCUAUACCAAGCGCGAGACGUUCUCUCCAACGGAUUUCCAAGUGGACGAUCUGAUCGAGGAGGAUGACGACGAAUUAGGCAUGCACUUUUAGGAGCAUCCAAUGGAACAAAAUUACGUUUAGACAGAGCAAAGUACGUAGAUGACAAUUGACGUACAGCGAGACUACAGACACGGCGAUUAAAUUGAUCAGCUUCUGCGAGAUGGUAUAAAUUAAUUUUACCAUAUGCAUGUUCACAUACACACAUAUAUAGACUAAAUGUAACAAAUAUCAGCAAAUGUGUGCGACACACAUACGUAUAAAUGAAUACAUAUGUCAUUUACAUAUACGUAUUGAAACCCUCAAUAACUGCAAUUACGAUGAUAAUCUGCAACAGCGACCCGAACUCAAUGGAACAAGUGAAAACUGGAAGUUAAGCAACUAUUACACACAAACAAACAAACAAACA